AUUAGAUAUAGAGAGAGAGAGGGUUUUGGCGAAGUGAGAGAUGGGAGAAGGCAAGCGAGAGUAAGAGGCCGUUUAAGCGCGAGAAGGGAAAAAAAAGGCCGUUAUUCUUAUUUUCUGUUGAGUUUCAAAUAGCCGUUAGAAUCCGUUGGUCUUCCCCGCCAUGGCAGCUCAGCUGGAGAAUCCUCCUCCCCUUCCGAAUCCUCCUCCCUCAACUUCCGUGGACCACAUACAGAAGACCAAGGCUCUGAUUUGCGCUCUCAAUCUCAUCUCCAGAAACCUCCCUCUUCCUCCCGAGAUCUUUGAUACCAUAUCUUCCAUCUACCAUGCCGAUGAUGAUCAUGCUGACGGCGAUGGUGGGGGUGAUGGCGGUGAUGGAGAUCGACUUCUGGAUGAUCCGGUCCGUAUUUUCUCGAGCUGUAAUGGGGUUUUGGCUAAUGGGGGUUUGAUAACAGACCUCGAGGAUGCGCUGGCAAAACAACGAACUAGCUGCAUGUCAAGUUUGGCAUUGAAAGAAUCAGAGGAAAGUCGUCUGCAAAGCCACAUUCAACAUCGUCUAACUGAGCUCGAAGGGUUGCCUACAAGUAAAGGUGAGGACUUGCAGAUGAAGUGCUUGCUUGAGCUAUAUGGCCUAAAGCUAUCGGAAUUACAGAGGAAAGUGCGCUUGGAUGUGAAUUCAGAAUAUUGGCUACGUGAAAAAUGUGCAUAUCCUGAUAAACAGUUGUUCGACUGGGGGUUGAUGCGGCUGCGACGUCCCUUUAUCCUGUAUGGUCUGGAUGCUUUUGCCAUGGAAGCUGAUGAUCGACAGCGCAAGAAGAGGGAUGCGGAGAGGCUGUCAAGGUUUGAAGAGGAGGAAAAGAACCGUAUGGAAACUAGAAAGAGGAAAUUUUUUGCUGAACUUCUUAAUGCAGCUCGUGAGUUUCAAUUGCAAGGACAAGCUUCUCUGAAACGCCGGAAACAGAGGAAUGAUGGUAUCCAGGCAUGGCAUGGACGACAAAGGCAACGUGCUACCCGAGCUGAAAAACUGAGGUUCCAAGCCUUGAAAGCAGAUGACCAAGAAGCUUACAUGCGGAUGGUAGAAGAGAGCAAGAACGAACGCUUAACUAUGCUUCUUGGGAAAACCAAUGACCUUCUUGUUUGUCUCGGAGCAGCUGUUCAAAGGCAAAAAGAUGCAGAACACACUGAUGGAAUUGAAACUUUGAAAGACCCUAAUGGCAUUGAAGCUUUGAAAGACCUAGAAGUGGAUGAUCCAUCACAAUUAUCUCUUUCCAAGAGUGAUACCCCAGCAGAUUUACCUCCGGAUGAAGAUGUGGAUGUGCUUGAUUCGAGUUCUGCUGAUCGUGUUAAGACAAAAGAUUUACUUGAAGGCCAGAGGCAGUAUAAUUCUGUUAUUCAUUCAAUUCAGGAAAAGGUAAUGGAGCAACCAUCCAUGCUUCAAGGCGGGGAAUUGCGACCUUACCAGUUGGAAGGACUUCAGUGGAUGCUUUCGUUGUUCAACAACAAUCUAAAUGGUAUUCUAGCUGAUGAGAUGGGGUUGGGGAAGACAAUUCAAACCAUAGCAUUGAUUGCAUAUCUGCUGGAGAACAAGGGUGUGAGUGGACCCCACUUGAUUGUGGCUCCAAAGGCUGUAUUGCCAAAUUGGGCUCAUGAAUUCUCAACCUGGGCUCCAAGCAUUGUUGCCGUUCUAUAUGAUGGGCGUCUAGAUGAAAGAAAAAGCAUGAGGGAAGAGUAUUCUGGGGAGGGAAAAUUCAAUGUGAUGAUUACACACUAUGACCUUAUUAUGCGUGACAAAGCUUUUUUAAAGAAAAUUCAUUGGUACUAUAUGGUUGUUGAUGAAGGGCAUCGAUUAAAAAAUCAUGAGUCUGUUCUUGCACGUACCCUUGUGUCAGGGUACCGUAUUCGACGUAGACUUCUAUUAACCGGCACACCUAUACAGAAUAGUUUGCAGGAGUUGUGGGCCUUGCUUAAUUUUCUUCUACCUAGCAUUUUUAAUUCGGUGCAGAACUUUGAGGAGUGGUUUAAUGCACCUUUUGCAGAUCGUUGUGAUGUUUCUCUUACAGAUGAGGAGGAACUACUAAUUAUUCGUCGUUUGCAUCAUGUUAUAAGGCCAUUUAUACUUAGGAGGAAGAAGGAUGAGGUGGAGAAGUUCCUUCCUGGGAAAAUCCAAGUCGUGCUAAAAUGUGAUAUGUCAGCUUGGCAGAAAGUAUAUUAUCAGCAGGUCACAGACUUGGGAAGAGUCGGGCUGGACUCCGGAACUGGAAAGUCCAAGAGUCUCCAGAACUUGUCAAUGCAACUUAGAAAGUGUUGCAAUCAUCCAUACCUGUUUGUGGGUGAAUAUAACAUAUGGCGUAAGGAGGAGAUCAUCAGAUCAUCAGGAAAGUUUGAGCUACUCGAUCGCUUACUCCCAAAGCUGCAAAGAUCUGGUCACCGAGUUUUGCUGUUCUCCCAGAUGACUCGCCUCAUCGAUAUUCUAGAAAUCUAUCUACAGUUGCAUGAUUUCAAGUAUCUUAGGUUGGAUGGCUCCACUAAGACAGAGGAACGAGGGACUUUACUCAAGCAAUUCAAUGCGCCGGACUCCCCCUACUUCAUGUUUCUUUUGAGCACUCGAGCUGGCGGCCUUGGUCUUAAUUUACAAACUGCGGAUACUGUGAUAAUCUUUGACAGCGAUUGGAACCCCCAAAUGGACCAGCAGGCAGAGGACCGUGCCCAUCGCAUUGGACAAAAGAAGGAAGUUCGUGUUUUUGUGUUGGUUAGCGUGGGGUCGAUUGAAGAGGAAAUAUUGGAGCGCGCAAAGCAGAAGAUGGGCAUCGAUGCCAAGGUCAUCCAGGCGGGGCUUUUCAAUACAACUUCCACAGCUCAGGACAGGAGAGAGAUGUUGCAGGCGAUCAUGCGCAGAGGAACGAACUCGCUCGGGACAGAUGUGCCAAGUGAGAGAGAAAUAAACCGCCUUGCGGCCCGGACAGAGGAUGAAUACUGGCUGUUUGAGAAGAUGGACGAAGAGAGGCGGCAGAGGGAGAACUACAGAUCAAGGCUGAUGGAAGAACACGAGGUGCCCGAUUGGGCGUAUUCUGUCCCUGACAAGGGAGAGAAAAACAAAGGGAAGAACUCAGAUCACUGGGCCAAUCACACCACGGGGAAGAGGCGCCGGAAGGAAGUGGUCUAUGCCGAUCUACUAAGUGACGUACAGUGGAUGAAGGCUGUGGAAGAGGGAGAAGAUUUGUCAAAGAUCACCGCUAAAAGCAAGCGGAGAGAACACUUUCCUGAGGCCGUCGAAUCAACGAGUGAGAACGUGGAACAGCAAAGAAUGCCCGAGUUGAAGAAUGAGCUUGAAUUGAAGAAUGAAAAUGAGUCCGUUGCAAGUGAGGACUUUGGUGAGGUGUUCUUGGGACGAACUCCAGAAAGGCACCAGUCCAGGCCAUCACAGUCCAUUGAUGGACCAGCAGGAGGUGUUGAGGUCCGUAGUUGGCAUGGCGACCUCCUGACAUGGAAGACCCACAAGAGGAAGAGAUCGUCGAGCCAUGUGGGACAUGCAAGUUCAUCGUCUGAUUUAAGAGGACACUCUUCUAGCAGGGGAAACGGUGGAUGGGCUUGAGCGGGACCCUUCAGACAAUGCUAGCCCCAAAAAGCAUGGGACACAUGCAUGCUGUCCGCCCAUUGUUGUAACCAUAGUUACUGAUAUCUUGUCUAAGCUACUACUUAGGGAUCCUGAUCAUCGAUCCCGCAAUUCUGUGGACCUUAAGAUGGCGUAUUUCCUAAUUUUGGCCGCUGAUGUGAUUCAAUUAUUAAGUUACAAAUCUGCCAUCGUUCAUGCUAACUUGCAAUUUGUGAAGCAAAUAAGAUAAAAAGACAGCUCAAGUCUAUUCUUUUGA